UUUGUAAAGUGUGUGCACUUCACAUAGGUGGGUGCAGAGGUGGCAGCGAACGUUCACACGCAGCAGCCCUUACAUGCACAAGUGUGUCAGCUGUAGAGGGUGUGUACAUCCUAAACACAAACCACAGAAAACACACACACACACACACACACACACACACACACACACACACACACACACACACACACACACACUUCUACGCAAAGUUUAAAUACCCUUCUGACUUUCUUUCCUUCAAUGAGUCCAUCAUGAGAUGCUCGGGCCUGCUGACUCUGGUUCUGGUUCUAAAUGUUGCUCACUGCUUGGAGGUUCAGGGUAAGUGUGCAAUGUUGUAAUCUGUCUGUAAGUGUCAGCUGUUUAUGGGUGCAUUUUAUUGGCCUGUUAGGUCUUGUUUAACCUGUGGCAUUGAAACUACACAGGGCUGCUUUGGUUUCCCUUCCUGCUUAAUCCAGUCAUGCAGUAUUUGCACACAGACAGUAAAGCUAAAGGCAUAAAUUCUGCACGUUUAUUCCUGAUGGCAUGUGGGCAGUGUCACUCUUGCACUGAGUUCAUUAUUAUUGAUCAGAAGGUGUCACCUAAAACUCCAUUAGUUUCUUUACAGCCCUUUUAAAUCUGAUAUAUUAGGGUCGUAUUUAAUUUAUGGGGAUCGUUAGAGUUUCUUUUCUUUGAGCGGGGGAAAACCCUCCGCCGCCCUCCAGUUAUUCAAAGUUUCGACGGUGCAGUUUAAGGUGAAAGUCUCUGAAGUCUUUGUUUCUGCAGAGUCACAGCGACUUGAAGCUGCAGAUAAAAGUUUUAACCUGUGAAAAGUGGAGUAUAAAAUUUCCUCACCACAUCCCCAGACUGCAGAGGAAGAGUUUCUGUUUGCAGCUGUUAAAUGGUAGAUGUUUGGUGAGAAAGAAACAGCCCCUCAGGCUUAGGAUAUAGUGUGCACCGCAUGAAUACCUGAUUUUUCUCUCGGUUAUUGCUCAGACUCUUUCCUUAAGGUGUGCUUUUUCCAUGCUUGGCUGACAUUUAUUUUGGCAAUAACCUGCAAGGGCAAAUGAAUUAUAAACCCACAAGGUACAAUUGAACCCUUGCAGCAUAUUUAUUUCCCUUCCUUUGUGUCCUUACUUCUUUAAAAAGGUUUGGAGGCUCUCCAUGUUGUUUCCAUUUUCUGAUGUACAGCUAGACUUGCAGCAUUUCAGCACGAACAAAAUGUGAUGCAAACAGUUUGGACUGCAGCAGCUGCAGUGGUUUACAAUAAAGCAGAGCAGGGGCAGGUUGUCAUCAUUCUCCUCAUCAUGUAGCUAAAGCUGAAGGGAAGUUCUUGGCUACAAUAGACGGAGAGCACAAACUGUGUCCCCAAGUGCACUUUGAUAAAGUCAGCAAAGGAAGCAGCAUGAAGGGGACUUUAUAUGCAUUAAGAGUCUGCACACUGUCCUCCCUGCAAAGAGCUGAAGCCUGUCAGCUUCUAUUAAAUGUCCAUUUCUCUGAAAUGUCCCUAAUCACAGCUGAUUUCUCAAGUGUGGAGGGGAGAGGUUGUCAGUGUCUGGGUUUGGAUCGGGGUGUAACUUUUGGACUGUUUUCAUUUCAUUAACAUAAUGGAGCCCUCUAUUAAAUAUACACUGAGAGAACGAGGCCACAUUUGUCAAGUGUCAUUGUGUGCAUGAAGCCCAAUUCCUGUCUUCAUCCCUGAGUGUUAGAGCUCUACAUCAUCUUUUAUUUUCAGAUCUUCUUUCUGGUCGCAGCUGCACGUUGUUUCAGUCGAUCUAUCAGUGUCACAUUUCAGAUACUGAUAUUGUGGUUCCAAGAGGAUGCAUCUGUGAUGAUUUUGGCAGCAAUGGUCAGAAUAUUGAUGUAACAUCACCCCCUCAGGUCAAAUUCUUCUUGAUUUAGCUGCAAAUCUUCAUAUUUACCCGAUGGAUUUGUGUAGAUUUUCAUGUUGUCUAGAGGAUGAAGCCUGAUGACUUUAGGGGGUUAGCUGACUUUUCUGUCAAGGGUGUAAAAAGGUCAAUAUUCCUGGUCCUGUGUGAAGUGUUAUGAUACCUUAUGGCUUCAGUUUGUGACAUGCUCAUAUUUGGUUUGUAUGCUAGAUUAAGAGUAUGUUAUCUCACUUUGUUCAUCGGUUUUAUACAGUAGGAAGUCUUUUCAAAACUGUUAAUUUUAUUUGGGGAGGGGCCUUUUGAGGUAUAAAUCAUUAAAACCACCAUUUACUAGAGAGAGAUUGAUGCUAAAUGUCAUCAGCUGUCUCUUUAACAUAAGAUUAAGAUUUCUGCAUUUGUGGGUUUUAAUUGUUCACUUUCAAUAAACAAAUAUUGAUUUCUCAUUUUUUAAACACACGCACAAUGUCACCUUCAGCCCACCAUUAGCCCACGCUACAAUGUCAGAUGGGUAACACACAGUUAACAUUAACUCUACAACUGACCCCAUGCUGUGUUGUUUGAUACUUUGAUUGAUAGAAAAUACAAAAAUAAGAUAGUUAAACAAGCAAUUAAGUUUAUAAUUCAUCAAGAAGCAAUUUAUUUAAAUAUAAAGUUAAAAGAGAAAAAAAACAUUUGAACAUCAUUUAUUUCAUGUUGCAUUAUUGACAAGAGGAGCAGGAGCAUGUUUCCAAGAGCAAGUUUGUCAAAAGGACUUCAUUACCCAGAAUGCACCUUGAUAUAAACAGGAAGUUUAGCGGGAAUUCGGUGAAAACUGUUUCGUUAUGUUGUAAAAGAGUUAACGUGAAGUUCUCAUUCAGUAAAGAAAGUUUUUAUUUCUAUAAGUCCGAAUUCGAGCUUCAUUACUGAACAUACAUAAGAAAGAUUUUACAAACCUAUUAGCAUGCUAACAUUAGCAUCUGGCCGCGAACAUCGUUACCGUGUCUUUGAGUUUAUAUUGAUUCGUCUUUGGCAUUUUCUAAUCAUGAUGAAGUGGCAGAGACCCUCAUGACAACUGACCUGGUUAUUCCGGCUCAUUCAUCACAGUGUCAGACAAUAAAGCAGGUGGAAAUCCCUUUCAUAGGCAAGACAGCGGACAGCUAUCAGCCAUUUUCAGUAGGGGAGAGUGGGGUAAGUUCAGCCACCCCCUGUUGCUUGGAAAUGGUCAAAGAAAUUGAUCAUGUGACCAAAUAUUUAGGAGAUGGGCAUCAAUUCAUGGAGUCUGUGAAGGUUAGAAGGACAUGGGUGAAAGGGUUAGACAUUUAUUUACACUAUUUACAUUUAUUUAUUUACAUUUAUUUUAAAAUUUUCACUCUUGAAAGUGGAUUUAGUCUGUCAUAAGUUUGAUUAGAAUUGUGUUCAGACCAAAACCGGGGUAAGUUGACUUUAGGAGACCACUUUUUUUGGCAUGCUAUAUUAUCAAGACAGUUCUGUUUACACUCAUUCUGUUGGUUUGUGGGGAUGAACAACAUCCUGAAAUAUAUGCAGAUACACUAGUUAGAGACAAAACUAUGAUUGCCUUGAUGUAGUGAUCCGAAAUAUGAAAAAUGGCUCAUCUUACCCCACUCUCCCCUACUGUUUAAGUUAACUAUGAACUCUAUGUCCUUUUUUAAUGUCUCAGGUCCAGGUGGGACACCCAUUCUUGAGAUCACACGUAAUAUCACAGCGGUCCUCGGGGAAGACGUGUAUCUGAGGUGUGAAUAUGUGGGCGAGAGUGAGAUCCUGACUGCUCUAUGGAAACGUCAGAUUAACUCCAAGGUGAAAUCCAAACCUCUGGCGGGAUUCAAAGAUGAUGCACCAUUCAGCCGCCACCCUGAUAUCUCUGAGCCAGAGUCUGUCACCAACCUGACAGUAAAGAUGAAUGUGUCCAGUGUGAAUGUGGAGGGAGAAUACAUCUGUGAGUUUGAGUCAGAGGAAGCCUUUUACUCUGACAGUGCUCUCAUCACUGUUGUAGGUAAGCCAAACCCAUAACUCAGCUUCACCUAAUUCUUCAGGUCACAGAUCGCUUUUCAAAGGGACAAACAAGGAAAAAGUCCAAAAGUGGACAACAAUCAGUGCAAUUUUUAAGACUCUUUUUAAGAAUCUCUGAUAUGUGGAUAAGCAAGCUUGAUUUAAGUUUUCAUCACUUAUUCUCUUAGUUUCUUAGUUAGUUUAUGUAAAUAAGUGUUACCUCAUUCAUUCAUUCAUUCAUUCAUCGACAGCCCAGCCUGAGAUCCAGACCCAGGUCAAUGCAGAGAUAACAAACAGCACUCAUUACCAGUCAGUCUCCUGCUCGGCUGUCGGCGGCAGACCUUUACCCAAGAUCAGCUGGUUGGUGGAUGGCCGUCCCCCUACGGAUCACCUUUUUACCACUGAUAUCAAUGAAACUGUACAUACAAACGGCACCACGACCUUGAGCAGUGUCCUCCACUUCCCAACUCACCUGCAGGACGAGGACAGCAUCAUGUGUGUCGUCCAACACCCCACACUCCCAUCCCCCACGUUCACCACCGUGAGGGUGGAAACGUACGGUAAGCUCACACUCACAGCUGAGAGGGCGUGUGUGUGUGUGUAUGCGUGUGAUGUUAUGCUUGUGCAUCUGUGUUGCCGAGAGGUGACAGAUUGUGCUGCAUCACCAGUCAGAGUUUUUUUGCAAUCACGCAUCAUGACUCAGCAUUCUCCAACACAAUAACCUUCCUCUGCUCUAUUCUCAGCUGUAGUCCAGCCUUCUCUGUCUGCUCCUCAUGCACAGUGUGAGAAUGUAAAUUAAUUUGUACAAAGCUUUGCAAUAACUGGAGUGUGCACUCUUUCAUCGGUGACGGAUGUAUGGAGGAGUAUAAUGCAAUACCUUCCUGGUGUCUAAUUAAUAAGCAAUAAAUUACUACAGUGAGUGCAGCGUUAACCUCUCAUGUUCCUUUUUCUCUUGUAUAACUGGACUGUUAAAGGGAUUUGAACAUUUUAAAACUUUCCUUUAAGAGUUUGUGCACACCGUGAUAUUAUUUAAGGAUAUUAUUUAUGCCUCUUCUGGGCGAACAGACCAUGAACUCUUUUCUUCUCAGUUAGAUUUUUGGACUUUUAUGUUUUUUUUUUUUUAGAUAGCUCAACUGAGAAGACAUGUGGGGAGCAGGGUUUGGGGUGGACAAGGUCUGCUGCCAUUGUAAAUGGGGCACAUACCCAAACCACUAGGCCAACAGCGCCCUGUUGACCAUGAGCCCUUAACAUGCAGGCAUUACAUGGUGGUGAACCAAAUCUUAAAACUAUAAACGAGGGGGGAUAGACUCAGUUCAAGAGCUUUAACCUGACCGAACCGUCACGUCUUCACAAAGCCAGCGAGAAUUGAACAUAAAACAGGCCAUAAGUAUGUGGAAUUUAGAGGUUUGGUCUUUUCUUGUGUUUCUGAGAGGUCGCAAAAAAAGCGUAGUAACACAUCCAAUUAAACGUGGUCUAGCAGAUUGCCAAUUGAGCAUCUCUCAGUCUUGUUUAUUAUCUUCGUUUUACCACCAAAGUGAGACUGACUUAAAAAAAGAAAUCAAUACUUAGGUUUUCAUUUCAGGUUGUGUUUGGACUGCCCCCUUGUGGUGACAUGCCGCUGCCUUCUACUUGAAAUUGAGCUUUCGCCUUCUUUGGCCACUUUAGGGGAGCAGAGCAUCCAAACCCCUGCAAUGGGCGCAGCGACCGUUCAUGUAACAGAUUGUAUGUUAACGACCCAUUUAGCGUACGCCAGGCCAGCCAGCUCGUUUGUCCGUUCUACAUUAACACCCCACUAAAUUAAGUGUCGGACUGCAGCGGUUAGACCCACACACAAAACCGUAACAGAUGGAAGUUUUAAAGCUAAAGCGCUUUAACGCACUUUAAUCAUACCGCCUCUUUCCAAACACCUGAGCUGUUACGAGGUGUUAGCUCACUUGUCUCGCUCAUUUGGGAUAUUCUGGCUAUAGCUUGACACCACAGAUUUUAUGUAUUUGAUAAUAGACUUGAUCUCGGCCGAGUCCCUGUACAAAAUCCUGCGGUUCCUCUCAGCAUCGGUUGGACGGCAGCUGGGCCAGACAUCUGCUCUCAGCUGCAGCCCAGCCAACAGAUGGGACAGGUGAUAAGCCUAAGUCAGCACUCUCCAGAAGCCCCUCACGGCUCGUGUUUAGCUAACAUUAAACUCAUCCGGCCUCAGCUUCCUAUUUAACCAAAACACCCUCAGCUUCAACUUGCUAUCUGACUUUUUAAUUUGCUGGGAAAAACAUUAGAGCUCGUGAAAGAAUAACUCUUCUCGCCUGUCCUCCGGCUCUGCAGCAAGGCCGAAUGUGACCACUAAAGCGGAGAUGGUACAACGAGGAGGAAGUGACUUCUGGGUGGUCUCUUGUAUUUCGUCUGGAGGGAGACCUGAUACCAGAAUCUCCUUGGCUUUGAACGGAGAAGAGGAGCUGCAGAGGGAGAAUGACACGGACUCAGACACACAAACAAGCUCGGUCCUUCUCCCUGUGAGUCUGUAUGAAGGCCACAACAUCACCUGCUUGUUUGACCAUCCCAAGUUUACACACACAGUGUCAAGAGUCAUAACCCUGCCAUCUUUACGUGAGUAUCAUCAGGGGUUCAUCAUCAGAAAACUCUGAAGAUAAUAAUGUGGUUUCAGGAAGAUUGAUGUGCUUUUCCAUCUGCAGACAUCUCAGGAAUUAAGUUAUUGCACUCAGAGCUGCCAAACAACGGCGAUGACUUCCAAAAUAUGGAGUCUUUAGAGCUGCAGGAAGGACAAAGAGACACCACCAUCCAUCUGCAGGUCUCUGGGAAUGUGCCACGUUAUAACAUAACCUGCAAAAAGUGAGUGAAUAUACGGCAGAGAGUCUGAGUGCCAAGUCACAGUUUGACGUUAAAAAGACAACAAGUCUUUACCAGGAAGUAAAAGGCUGAGAAAAGAGGCCGGGAAGUCUUGGGCCUGUUUUUUGUCUGUCUUAUUCUUGAAGACUUUGCUUGUCCUUUAAUUAAUUUAAAGCUACUUUUAAUAACUUUAUACGGCUUGAUACAUCCAUUUAUCUCUGAGCUGCUCGUUGAUCAGUACCUGAUUUAAACCAGAGUUCACAAAUCAAGUAAUUUGUCUUAUUUUUACUCGUUAAAUUAGUUUAUUCCAGUGCCUCAAGUUGAACACAAUUAGAGUUGGUAAUGUUAUUACAAUAUUAAAGUUUAUUUAUAGUGCACUUUUCAAAAAUCAGGUUACAAAGUGCUGCAUCAUAGUCGUACUUUGCUUUGGUUCAAGUCCGUUUUGUGCCCUUUUUGGAGCUACGUAAACAUAACUGUCGACUCUUUUUUUUUUACUGAAACGUUUGUAAAUUAUCAAAAGUUUAAUUUGACAAUACUCUCUGGUAAAAACAGACAAAUCAGUGCUUUAAAGAUGCGACUCUGAAGGGUCAGAGGAGGGUCCUGGUGCACCAGCGGCUCAGAUUAAACACCGGCGGUCCUCUGAUCUAGUUACUAAAAUGUUCUCACUUCUACAUUUCAAAUGUCUCUGCGGUCUUUUAUCACUCAGUUUGUCAGAUAUUUUGCUUCAUUUUAUGCAGAGAACUUUGCGACUUUGCUCCUUUUAAAUUUUUACCGCACAGAUAGUCAUUAUUGAUGAGGAAAGGUGGGCCUCACCUGCCCUAGAGGGACCGUGGAUAUUAUUCAGCAGCAGAGAAGUUAGCCGUGCAAAAUUCACCUGUUGGCAUUCGUAGAAGAGAGUUGUAGGAGCUUUUUGUCCUCAAAGGCUGCCGUCACCUCAGUGACAGGAGGGCUGAGCGGGGGAGUGGCUGCUUGAUAUCACUGAAUAUUCCCAUUUCUGCACAAUGUCCCUUUAAUGAUCAUUUUCAAGCAGUCCUUAUUUUAUUGACAGUUAAAAUCAACAAUUGAAGAACUAUGACGACUCUAAUUUCAUUAUCAUGUUUAUUUAUUCUGUUUUUAUCUUUAUGUAAAAAAUGAGCAAAAACUAUUGACUUUAUUUGCACAUUUUAAUUUAAAUAAAAAUACAAUUAUUAAAAAAAAUCAAUAGUUUAGAAAAUUUCUUCUAGUCUGAACAUGCUACAUGCAGAGAGGAGCCUGAUGCCAAAUCUGGAAACUUCUCAUCUGUGAAUGUGUGUUUUUUCUUUUCUCUUUUUAUUUUUUUAACUUAAACAGAUGCCCUUUUUUCCCCCCACACAUGUUUUUAAAAGAUCGAGACAACCUUCAUAUCCUGAGGAGGAUGUGGUCUUAUGUUCAGUUGCAUCAAACCACGAGUGACAGACUUGCAGGAACCAGAUUUAGUCACGUUUCCUGACUGAAAUAAUAAUAUCUGUACCGUCUAACUCAUCUUUAUAAUAUUUGUUGAAAAUGAUCUUGAAUUUCCCUCUAAUAACUUCUCUUGUAGAGAUGAUGGGCCCCUGUCUGAGGAUGUGGAGGUUAUUGGUGGUAACCUCACGUUUCAGGGUGCUGUGGGUUUUCAGCACGCCGGCCUCUACGAGUGUUUCCUCUCUUAUCGCCAUCUUCAAGCUGCACUAAAGUUUAAUGUUACCGUUCAGCCUCGAGUUUUACAACCUGGUGAGAAACGCUAGCUGGAAAUUUUCCUCUUACGAUAUUUUAUGAUAACAUCCUGAAUUUCCUGGAUUCAGACCCUGAAAUAUUGAUGCCUCCGUCUCCUCGCCCUUUCCACUCAGUUCCUCCCGUUAUACGGCUGGAUAUGCAGACCAAAGAUGGACACCGGGUGAUUGAGUGCUCAGCAGCUGAUGCCGUUCCCGCAGCCAACAUGUCCUGGCUCCUGCCGGAGGGUGUGUCUGAAGUCUCUUGGUUCAAUUUCACUUCUCAUAAUGGAAGCCACUCAGUCAGAGGAGUUUUACUCCUCCCUGCCUGCUCGCCCCGGGAGCUCUCCGCAGAGUGUGUGAUAAAUCACCCUGCGUUCGAAGAGCCACAGAACAGAAGUGUAACACUCCCUCUUUGUGGUAUGUUCAACAAAUCGAGUAAUGGUUGAUUUUGUCUAAGUAGCAGACAUGUUUGCCAAUGUAAGCACACCAUAGAUUCUAUCUUUUCCCCUUAAGAAACCCCUCUGAUCCUGUGGUUUCGUUCCCCCCCUCAGCUCACCCUAACAUCACCAUCAACAUCAGCACCGAGUGGGAAGGUGGUGAUGAGUACACAGAGGUGGAGUGCUCUGUGGAAAGUGUUUUUACUGCAGCAAACAUAACCUGGCAUGUAGGAGACACUGACAACAGCAUCCCGUCUGGAUCAGAGACUGAAACACGCUCUGAUGGUUCGGUAUCCUCUCGCAGCUCUGUGCACUUUUUAUCGUCUUUGUAUUCUGGUCACAGUUUGACCUGCAUGGUGGAGCAUCCCAGCCUGGAGGCAGCAGAGACGAGAACAAUCCACAUUCCUCUGCACAGUACGUUUCUUCUUCUUCUUUCUUUCACACAUCUCUCUCUGACUCACACAGCUGCUCAUCCUCCUUCCUGUCAUCCCCUGUUUUGUUUUCUAGAAGCCCCUCAGCUGAGUGUGUCGGUGGUGAGGCAGAAAGAUUCUCCGCUCUGGCUGGCUGUGUGUGACUGCAGAGGGGAGGGUGUCGGGGCAAACCUCGCCUGGGUUCUUCCUGAAAAUGCCAAAGAGCAAACAUCUCUGCACUCUGAGUCUGAAGGCCGAGUCUUGAAAGCCAGACUGACUUAUCAGUUUCCUCUGACUCUUCACGAGGGGCAGAACCUGACCUGUGUGUAUCGUUUGAAGCAUGGAGCCACAGAGCAGAAGACCAUCCACAUCCCCAAAUAUCGUAGGUUGAACGCAGAUCAUACAAGUUUCACAUUUCAAACUGAUCAAAUGUAAGUUUCAUCUCUGACUGACUUUCCUGCAGAUAUUUCCUCUUUGAGAGUCCUAAACCACACGACUCCCCUGCAAGACCGCCACGGAGGUGAACCCGUCGUACACAGACUAUCUCUCGACGCAAAUCAUCAUAACCAGAGAAUCCUGCUGAAGGUCAAAGGCAACGUGCCAGAGUACAACCUGGAGUGUAAAAGGUGGUGAAUCCUCAGAUUUAUACGAUAUUAUCAUCAUGAGAAAACACCUGCAGGCACACUAAACUUUCAAAAACUCAGAGGGAGAAAAAGUUGCAUGUUUUGGGUCUAAAUUGCUGUCAGGUGCUGGACUAGAGGCUCUUAUAUUUUCCACAGACGGGUUCAGAUUGUUGUUCUGGAUUUCUGUCAAUGUUGCUAAAGAGAUUCCUGCAGAGACAGACAUUUGUGGUGGAGACUAAAGUGCUUUUUUCCGACCCGAAACAACUGUUGUAUUCUCAUGUUUCUCUCAGUGGGGCUACACUCAUGCGGUCAGGUUUGCUCAUCAGGAUGAAACCUGAUUUUUUUUACACACAUUGCAUCUUGUUACAUGCAAACUAACUUGUUGAAGUGUUUUCAAUCUUAAUUUGGAUAAUUAUGGCCGACAGUAUAAUGUGAAAACACACACAAAGGCACCAAACUAAAAGUGUUUGGAGCCCAGAGUGAUGACUUGAGUCAUCUGCUGCUGUUGGUUCACAAGUCUAAUGUUUAUCAGGAGAUGAUGGAGCUCUUCUGCUGGAUGAAGCACCUGCCCACAGCGCCAAAACUCCCACAUGGCCAUGAUAACAUUGUGCUUGAUAGGCCAGCCGACUCGCCUGACCUGAACCCCAAUGAGAAUGUUUGCCAAGAGUAAGAAAAUAAACAAUACAGUUCAAAAAUGAAAGAAUACAGAUUAGCUGAACACCACCUCAGCAGUGCCACAGACUGAUGCCUUCAUGCUACACCCUGCGGUGCAGUAAUUCAUGGUAAAAGAGCCUCAACUAAGUACUGAGUGACAAAUAAGUCUACUUUUCAGAGGGUGGACAUCUCUUCUCAGGGUUCCUUUGCAAGUAUGGAAAGUAUGGAAAAGUAUAGAAUGAAUUUAAUCAAUUUCAGGUCUUAAAAAGUCUGGAAAAGGAAAAAUUAAGCAUGGAAAAAUAUUUAGGUUUAAGACUAUUACCACAGUUGGAAAAUACUGUUUUCUAAAAUAGAAAAGUAGUAUUUCCAAAAAGUAGGGUAUGGAAAAGUAUGGAAAUUCCAACUGUGUAGGAACCCUGAAUUAUUGAUUGGGGUUCAUAUGGACUGGGAUGAAACCAUGAAUUGUUUGAUCAAAGGAGUACAGACCCACUCGACCACAGCAGAUUUCACUUAACAAAUGCCAUUUAAAACUGAUACACAUUUACUCGUGUUGCAUGUUUCGGUUACACUUCAUAAAAGCUGCCUCACAGAGAUGUUACUGAACCAUCGUAAAAACAUGGCGCUUCAUAUCUGUUGUGCAAUUUUGAGGAUUUGUGGUUUUUAGUGGGAGCAGAUGAGCUUCAAGUUGAGCACCACAAACAGAGCAGGGGAAUCAGAAACGUACGCGCAGCGGGGUUUUGGGUGUUUUCAUGUUGUUUCAAGUUCACUAAAAGAAAAUUGAUCAAUAUAAUUAAGACCAACUUUUUCUUUAUUUGAAACCGGACGUGCGUUUCAGGAGUGAUGGCGCGUUUGUCCAAAUGGACGGGGCUGCGAUGGUCUUCCCAUCAGAGCCGACAGAGCUGGAUGAGGGUCUGUACACCUGCCGGGCUUCCUUCUAUCACCACUCAACCACAGUCAAGAUUCAGGUGGAGGUCUCAUGUCAGGACAGACUGUUUGGUGAGUUUUCCUCUUACUUUCAACUUGUAGAGUCACAGAAACUUUCAUACAACUUCUAUUUAUAAAAAUAUGUCCGUUUGUUUUCCAGCACUGAUGACCAUUAUCUGCAUGUCUACAGCCUUAGCCAUCCUCCUCAUCCUCAUGGUCACUCUCUGGGUGUGCUGGUGAGUCAAAUGCCUCCACAGGUAACAGGCUGCAGCUCUGCAGGUGAUUGGUUGACAAUGAAAUGAGGGCAACGCUGCCAACGCCGUACGAAUGAAGACAAACAGGAUGUGCGGAUCAUUAACCCAACCAACCAAAACCUCAGUACCAUGCAAAUAUUCACAAACAGGAAGCAGUGUGGCUGGAGCAGACAGGUGCCUGUCCCACCGCAGGUCUGCGCGCAGACAGGUAGACUUGAUUUAUUCGCCGGUUUCCUGCUCUGGCUUCGAGUAGUGUUACUUCUGGCCGCUUCUCCUGCAGACUGCUUUUAGUCGGCUUGUUAUUGCCAAUGCAACACUGCAGAAGCAGAGGCGUAAAGUUCAAAAAGUCCACAGCUUCGGAAGUUAUUAGCAUAAUGAAAUUCAAGCUGACAUUCAUCAAUGACAAAAAAAUCCCUAAAUCCAACUCUUAAUCUUAUUACUGUUGGAGAAAAAUCAGUGAGUCACUCCUCUUUUAUCACUGAUGUGGGAUGUCUGUCACAAUCGGAGGACUGUUUAUGGUUUCUGCCGGCAGAAGUUUGCACAUUUCCACGUUCACUGCCAGAUCUAAUUUCUCAGAGUAACGUUUGUCAGGAUCAGAUCAGGUCUUUGUGAGGGAGAAGCUCCACCGACCUGCACAAUGGAGCUCCACGAGCUUUUUUAUUAGGUCCUCUCCACUGGUCAGAACAUUUGGUCAAGGUGCCAUUGGGUGACAGAGCCCGGGUCCCAUUAUCCCCUCGCUGCGGUGGGAGGGUCCUGUCAGGCUAAUUUGGGAAGGUCAGUCACACGGCGUACACAAGAAAACAUGACUCCCCGGGAGAAAAGCUAUUUCAGGAUUGGCCUCCACGCCCUCUCCUGCAGCAGCAGCAGCAGCAGCAGCAGCAGGGACACUCUGUGACAGCAGCAGCAGCAGGUUGAUGUCACCGAGGUCACCAUGUACAGAGCGAUCAGCUGAUUCUGACAUCACAGAUCAAUGAUGGGGACUCAAGCCAGCACUGAAAAUCCUGUUUACUGAAAAUCCUCUCUCAUAAAAAUGCCAUUACAGCUGAAGUUUGUCUGAAUUGACUGAGACUGAGUCACAGUGCCAUCUUGUGGUGUAAGCCAGCCUCACAUGAUCAUUCAUGACUAAUGAAAUCUGUCUUCUUUUUUCAUUUUACAGCAAAAGAGCGAGCUCGCCGAAUUACAAGGUUCAUACGUCUUUCAUACUUGUUCAGAAACAUAAUCAGGACUCUGAGUUUUCAGUGUAGUUUCACGUCUUUUUCUGGUUUCACUCUCUGCAGAAGCGGGAGUCUCUCGCAGCCUUGACGACUCUGGUGCAGGAGCCCUCCUCCCCUGUGUCCAAGAACCCCCCUGAGACAGGAAAGGACAGUAAGGAGUACGCUCAUCUCAUCAGUUACUCCAUAGUCAUCGAUGUCAAGAGUAACGUUUGAACACACAGAUGUUCUGAUUGCAGGCUGGAAAUAAGGCUGAAUGAAUCUGGAGCGUUUUCAUUUUGUGUAUUUCUAAUGAGUUUAGCAUUAGCAGCGAGAGGAUUCCUUGUUUGAUUGGCAUUAAUUCUUCAAAUGUGAUGUUUUUGCACUUUUUUUUAGCGUACUUGAACUUUGUUGUUUUGAUGCAUGAGCAUUAACUGAUAUCUGUGAAUAGAAAGACCAAAGUAGUAUCACUUUUAUGCCGUUUGCUGCCAUGUUGAGAGAAGAUAACUUGGCUGCUUUUUUUGUACUUCUCACCAUCUGCUCACUCAUGAUUUCCCGUCUGUUGUAAAACUGUGAAUAAACAUGUGGUAAAUUCUUUGAA